ACGUCAUGUAAACAACAUGGAGGACCGCGUGUGAUUGUAUAUAAUUGUAGCAAUACAAACACCGUUACAAUUUGAAGAACAAACAAAGAACAUCUCAAAUUGAAAGCAAUAUUUAUUCAACUCAGGAAUGGUUCUCCACAGUAAUAUCAAUGUAAACCAGAGAGUGGAGGUGAAGAGAAAUGGCAGUAUCUACACUGGCAUGGUGAGGUACAAGGGUCCUCUGGUUACCCAGGCAGGAGACUGGGUGGGAGUAGCCCUGGAUGAGCCUGUUGGGACCCACGACGGGUUGUUCAAGGGAAGAAGGUAUUUCUCCUGCAAAGACGGACAUGGUAUUUUUACUAGAGCUCAACAGAUAAGGUUUAUCCCCUUGACAAGAUGCCUGUACAAUAAAUACUACUGUGUCAGCAGGAAGUCAUAUGUUGAUGAAACAUUAUUUGGCAAUACAUCAAAACCAGAGCCAGAUGACAGGCCAUAUGACCCCAUUUCUAUCUCAGGUGACUACACUAGGAGAGCCAAGUCUGCUUUCUUUGACAGUGAAGACAUGUACGCCAGACCAAAGAGCUACCAUUUGAGUCACAGAGUUAGUAACCGUAUCCCUGCAGCCACCAUGACACGCCCCUACACCUCCAUGUCUCAAUAUUCCUACUACAGUACACCUAUCAGCUCAGAAUAUGCUCUCGACAGAGACUCCUUUAUCUCUAGUCCAUCUAUCCCAAAGAUUCACAUGCCACAUUCAGCUUUAAAGAGACAAGUUUCGCGAGGAUGGGAGAAUUCUCAUUACGUGAGAGAGAUGUCAGUGGCCAGUGGUAGAGAUUCUGCUAAACUGCUUCAGUGGAAUGAUAUCUCUGCAUAGCUCAUAAUUAUUUAGCUUUACACCAGUUUUAUACAUUGUGUCACUUAAUUAUAUCAUAAUAUUUAUAUUCAUGAUUCACUUACUGUGGGCUCAAUUGUGUGAAAUAAUUUGACCUAUUCAUAGUACUGCGGUACAUGUAUAUGUAGGAGGUAAAUGUCUGUUCUGUCCAUUGACAUCAUCACAUAACCUGUAGAGAUGAUUUUACUAUGACUGUUAUGAUAAUGAUAAUUGGAAAUAAGGUCAAGUUGACAUAUGUUAUAUUUAAAAGAUAUGCAUGUCAAUGGCCAUUUUUGGUCAACAUAUGUUUAGAAGAAAAAUUAAAUAAUUUAUUUUUAUAAUGAUUAGUUAAUGAGCUGAAUUUUAACUCUUUCAGUACAUGUAGCAUUACAACAUCUUCUAAGAGAUGAAAAAUUAAAAUCAUAUUUG